AUGGACGUCGAGGCCAAGAGAAUCAUGGCUCUUUCUAUUAGUAAACUGUAUUCAUUAAGGACACAGCGCGGGGGACUGAGUCUUCACCGGAGUCUCCUGCUCUCCAUGACCAUGAGAGCCGCACGGGACAUCUACCACGCCGCGCAGCUGCUCAGAGACGCGGAGGAGGAGCAGGUCGUCCCCUGCGCUCCCGACGCGGCCAUAGAGGAGCCCAUGGAGAUAAGUAAAGACUCUCCUCAGACUUUAACUCCCAAGGAGGUCGCAAUGAAACCUCAAGAACCCAAAGAGACCCUGGAAGACGACAAGGAGAACCGAUGCGCUUCUGAACGGCACUCCAGGAAGCGCUGCUGUAAGACGGCGGUCGAGCCUGACUUUCUACCUCUGAAGAAGGCAAAAAUGGACACGGAUGAGGAGAAGCAACAUCUCCAGGGGGAGGUUUUGAGGACUAAUAAUGGAAACAGCUGUCGCCAGGCUGAAACUCUGACCGCCUUCCCAACAAAUCGAGCCAUCGUGGCGUGUUGA